AUGGAGCAGAGGAGCCUCUGUCAGAAACGUGGCCCAAAUCUGGCUGAGGAGGUCUACCAAGGGCACUUCGGGCAGGUCUGGAAAGAACAGUCACCUGAGACCGGAAGUUCAGGCUUGGAGGGCGGGUCGAAGGCCCCUGGAGGGCGGUGCCCUGCGCGACACGCCCAGAGGGCGGAGCACGCUAGAGGCAUCCGGGUUCGUGCGCCGCGUGCCGCAGUGUCGGUUCUCUGCCGUCUCGGCGUCGUGCAGCCGGCGUCUCUUCUUCGCCUUGUGACCAAUAAAUUUUGGAAAAAGUUGCCUCUGGUGACCCUGAACUUGCGCCUUUAUGAGUCUCAGCAGCAGGAAGAGAAGUCCAAACCCAUCAGCCGUUACCCCAUUCCCUACAAAAAGGACCUGCCUUUUGACAUUUUAGAGCUCAUGGAGGAGACAGAAAAGAAGACAGGAUUUUUACCAAAUGUAUUUAAAGUGUUGUCUCACCGGCCAUUGGAAUUCAGAGCCUUCUUUGCUUAUUACAAUGUCAUCUGUAACAAGAAAACAGGCCAGCUCAGCAGAGCUGACAAGGAACUCAUCAUUUUGGUGACCAGCCUGGCCAACAGGUGCUCAUAUAGCGUGGUUGUCCACAGUGCCCGGUACAGGGUCUUUUCGAAGAACCCAGUGCUCUCUGACCAGGUCUGUAUCAACUGGAGAAAGUCUGACCUCCCUGCCCGGGAAAAGGCAAUGCUGGAAUUUGCACUUGCUAUUUCCCAAGCUGAUGACAUAACAGAUGACCAUUUCAAAAAGCUCGAGGUGCAUGGCUUCAACCAGGAAGAUGCCUGGGAUAUAGCUGCAAUUUCAGCUUUUUAUGCCAUGUCCAACCGCCUUGCUCAUUUUGUCAAUCUUGUUCCCAACAAAGAAUUCUAUUUGAUGGGCAGAACCAGUGAUGUCAAAGACAUCAGGAGUGAACCUGCUGCUCCUGAAAUAUAAAAGCCUGAACGGAAAGGCCAGUGUUUACAUUUCUAGCACAUUUCAUUAUAAGACACCAGUUGGGAAAUAAUUUUUUAAAAAAUGUUUAGUCAACGGAUAGGGAAGAAAGUAAACAAAUUUGUUCUCUGCCUCCUUAAUGAGAUUGAUGCUAAAAGGACAUGUGAUGGAUAUCACAUGUGGUUUUGCUUUCUUUUUUUUUUUUUUUUUUUUUUACUUUUGUUGUGAUUGGAAAGGCGCAUCGGGAUUAGAAAAGAGUAUCGGGGCAAAGGAUUUCAGAAGAUGCUUCAGACAUUUUGAUAUGGGAUAUCAAAAUGAUAUGGGAUAUGCUAUAUCCCAAUGCUUCAGACAGAAUUGAUAUCUGUGAAUUUCAGCAGUUGAAGUUGAACAUUUUUUAGUUUUUUAAAAAAUAGCAUUGCAUAGAAAUUGGUCUAUAGACUGCAGUUUGAAAUAGAUUUCUUGUUAACACAGUGGUAUUUAAGGGCUCUGAAAGGCAGGUAAAUAGAAGCAUGUAUAGAGUUGUUCUGUCUUUAAUGCCUUCUCUGGUAAUCUCUAGUGAUUUUUAUUUUUUUUCACUGAGAGGUUUUAAAAUAAUGGUGAAACAUUUUGAGUAGAAGUGUAAGAAAAAAACCCCAAACCUAAUACUGCUAAAUGGUUACCACAACCACCACCUUAGAUUUGUGGCUAUCUUAACUUUUCAGGAAUCAUUUUCGCUAUCUAACUUUUAGAUGUACAUGCAAACCUACAAAAUGUUUUUGUUUCCAUUGGAUUUCUUUAGAUUCUCUAAGUUGCCAGUGAACAGUUCUUAAUUAGUUUGGGAGCAAUAGUGAGUUAAUUUUGAAUUGCCUGAACUGUGAAACCUGAUUAUCUUGAGACAGCACAACUCUUGUUGCAGAGCUCUGUUGGAAUUAUAUCUUAAAUACUUUGGAAUAUGUAACCUUUUAACAUUGAGUUUUGAGGGAAGGAGGCAGACAAAGGAAAGAAAGUUGAGUUUUAUUUUACUUACUGAGAAAGUUAAUAAUGUUGGUGAAUAUCAUGGUCAAAGUUUUAUAGACCAAAGAAAUUUUAGCCAUUGGCCAUAACUUGGAAUCAAGCAGAGGACCUUUAAUAAACAUUUGUUGCAGUCAGAA